AUGAACACCUUGCAGGAGAACAGUGGUACCUUUAAAGUUCAGGAUUUAGUGGAAGAGUUGCAAAUUGGCAUUGAAAAUUUGAAGCCUGAGCCCCUUUUUUUUAAGUGUUCUAUAUACAGGGUUCCUGAAAAGAUUCGUUGUACAAAGGAAAAUGCCUACACACCUCAAUUAGUUUCAAUCGGUCCUCUCCACAAUAGGCAGCACACACAUUUAGUUGACAUGGAAGAGACAAAAAAAAGGUAUAUGAAAAGUUUUCUUGGAAGAAUAUCUACGGAGAAACGAGAUAAAAUAUUAGCCUUCAUCAUGAAGAAUGAGCAAGAAAUUCGAAAUUGUUAUGUGGAGACAUCCAAACUUGAUAGUAAAGAGUUUGUGAUGAUGAUUAUGUAUGAUGCUAUCUUCAUUAUAGAACUCUUCUUAAGGAGUAAAUCUGGCCGUGAUAGGGCAAGUGAUUCAUUGCUAGCUAUAACGGCAAUAAGACGUACGUUAUGCAUAGACUUGGAAUUACUUGAAAAUCAGCUUCCUUAUUUUGUCCUGGAGGAAAUGUAUAAGUUGGCUAAUCUCGUUGGUCGUCAAAUACCUUGCAGCUUCAUGGAACUUUCUCGUUCUUUCUUCGGCUAUUUUAGCAAGCAGAGCUUGGCUAUACCUAGAGGUUUUACAGUCAAACAUUUCUGCACUUGGAGAAGAAAUACUCUACUGGAAGGCUACCGGAGUUCAGUACUAGAAUCAAAGGGAUGGAUUACAGAUUUGCCUUCUGCGGUGAAGCUGAAAGAGUCAGGAGUAAGAUUUAAGAGUGUUGAAGGAGAAUGCUUACUUAACAUAAAAUUUGAACCUGUAAAGGGGCUGAUCCCAUGCUUCAAAAAAUAUGAGCUGCAAAUACCACGUUUGGAAAUAUUCCACAGCACCGAACGCCAACUUAGAAAUAUUGUCGCUUUGGAGCAGUGUAGUUUUCCAUUGGAUACUCCAGUCUGCAAUUACAUCAAGAUAAUGGAUUAUCUCAUCGAUACAGAAAAAGAUGUGGAUUUGCUUGUGGGGAAGGGAGUUAUUUCCAACCAUUUGGGGGAUAACGCUUCAGUGGCAAAAAUGUUUAACAGACUUACCGAAAAUAUCCAUCUGAGUAUUUCCUCUUCCUUUAAAUGUUGCGAGGAUUUAAAAGCCCACUAUAACAAUCCCUGGAACAAGAGGAAGGCAACUUUGAAAAGUGUGUAUUUCAGCAACCCAUGGAGAGGUGCAGGCACUCUUGCGGCAAUUGCACUCCUGUUGUUCACUGCCAUACAAACUAUAUGUUCUACAAUGCAGGUCGUUUAA